UUGAGUCCGCAAUUUUAGUAAUUACAAUGGGGUUCGUGUGCGAACUUCGUUUUAUUUAAUAAUAUAUUUUUGUUUGCACUGAAAUCUAUAUGAAAAAACUUGUGAAAACCCCGCAAAUUAUAUUUGGGGGAAAAAUAUUCGCCAUUGGUGCUCUUGAAUUGCAUCGAAUACGAAGGAAAGAUUGUUGAGGAUAUUUAUUGACGGUGAAGCAGACACCCGGGAUGUGCCUGAAGUAUCAUGCAAAAAGUGCAUACUACCUGUAACGCCUUUUGCUCCAUUCGUCGGCAAUUAUAAUUGUUCUUAAGUGGGAGAUAUAUGUAUGUGCACUUGUGAAUGCAAAAAUUUGCACUUCAAGGUUCUCAUUCCACCAACGAUAUCGGCUUUUGGAAACUGCAUUAUUCACUCUAACUGCACGUCGAAGGUAACAAGUGGGCAUGCGCGUCGAAAAGCAACACAUUCGGAUUUAAGUUCAAACAAAAUCAAAUAAUAAUAUAUAAGUAUAUAUUAAAAAGUGUGUGUGUGUGCAACAAUAAAAAAAGCGUUGAUAGAUCUGUGCUGUGCACAGACGCUUAAUCUGUUCGAAUUGGAGAGUUCAGUGAAAUAGUGUGGCGUCCUACAUCAAGUAUAGUUAAGGAUAAGCAUAGCGAUGGCUCGCCACAUAAUGGCAGUUUGCGUAGUGUGUCUACUCUGCGCCGACCGAAUUCCUUGUCAGGAGCAUGUUGCAAACGACUACAUAGCAAAAAGUGUAGACGAUCCGCAACCGCAUAUCCAAUACCAGCAGUUAAAUUCCAGAGUCUACGAGCGGCGCGACACGUUACGUUAUGGUGAUCAGUCUAUUGCUAGAGAUGGAAUUGAUAUUGCAACAGCCCGGAAAUUUACUGCGAACAACGUCCACAAUAAACCACAUCGACGAAAACGUCAUGCAGGCCAUUCUCACGAUCCCGCGCCUCUUUUGCAUCAGCCAGAAAUUACGGCGGAGUUCCUGCAGCAUAUAUUUGAUGAGUAUGGGCAAGAAGCCGAUGGCGCUUUGACGGUCGGCGAGUUCCAGCGAAUUCUUAAAAAGCUCGGUCUGAAUCAGUUGAUUGAAGACCCCGUCGAUCAGGAUACAGUGGAGGAUAAGGAAAAAGCGCCCAGCAAUGAAACUUGUGUGAACGAUGCAGCACUGGUUCGUCAUGUGCAAUCACACAAACCCUCCGAACAAGGCCACCACCACGAAGAGAGCAUGGUGGAUUGCAGUUUCAACACAAGUGAUAUUAAAGCUGUUGACUGUCUGCGCGCGCAACUACAACAAUCCAAAAGCAAUGCAGAACACCAAUAUGGUGCCAAUUACACAGUAAGCAAGCAGGAUAUGCUGCAUCUGUGUCCAGUAUUGCUUUACCAAAUUGUGUCACCACUGGCGAGCGAGCGUAUGGGAUGUAUAAAUUCGUCGCUGUUGGCCCAGCUCGAGGGAGUGGAAACAAGUAUAAUCGAAGAGAAAAAAGAGGAUAUCAUGCACGUGUGGAUUUACGCAUUUAUUUCCGUUUUCGCCUGUGGCAUUUUGGGUCUGGUUGGCGUGGCUAUCAUACCGUUUAUGGAUUCGAGGUAUUAUAAAUAUAUUAUUCAAUAUUUGGUAGCACUGGCUGUUGGAACUAUGACCGGCGACGCGUUGUUGCAUUUACUACCACAUGCUCUAGCUGGGCAGAGCGAGAAGAAUAUGAUACUUAAAGGCCUUGGGUGCAUGUGUGGCAUUGUUUUUUUCUACAUGACCGAGCAUGGCCUUACGAUGAUUUCGGAGUGGCGCAAACGCAUAGCCAAGAACGAUACGACACAACAGUCACGCGCAAAGGUUGUGCGUGAUCCUGAUUCUUCGGUCAAUAAUUCAGUUGCUGGCGAUAAAGUUUGUAAAUCCAAAUACAGCUCCUAUCCUUAUUGCUAUGAUGAAAUCGCGAUGGACACGAAAAACGAUAUGCAUUUGCCUGGCUCAAAAUUGAACAAUAUUUCUGAUUUGUCUAACGACUUAAUGGGAGUUAGCAAUAACGCGGAACGCAAGCGCAACGGGAAAGCCGACACAGAGGGAAACGAAGCUGUGGCGCAGUCUCUAAUACCUGUGUGCCAUCAUAAUCAUCAAGAUCGUCAUCAGCAGCAACACCACAUUCAUCUUCCUGAUAGCAACACAAUAUCCACGGAUUUGGAUGGGCAUUCCGUAGGGGGAGGUGAUGGGCAUAGUCACGCUUUGACUUACAAUCCCACGGUGGCGACCAAUGGCAAUGCUAAGGAGCGUUUUUUCGCCAGCGAUUCAUUUCCAACCGUUAUAUUGCGUGAGCAUGAAUCAUCGCAUCAUGGACACAGCCAUAAGCACGGGCAUGUGCAUUCGCCUCCGGAAUCGCUGAGCGCCGUUGUCUGGAUGAUCAUCAUGGGGGAUGGCUUACACAACUUUACUGAUGGCAUGGCAAUAGGUGCUGCAUUCGCAGAGAAUAUUGCCGGUGGCUUCUCGACAUCGCUGGCGGUUUUUUGUCAUGAGUUGCCACACGAACUAGGCGACUUCGCGAUUCUUAUAAAAGCAGGCAUGUCCAUCAAAUCUGCGGUAUAUUACAACUUAUUAACGAGUGUACUUAGCUUCAUUGGAAUGAUAAUUGGUAUUGUUUUCGGACAAUCGCCAGAUGUAGCCCAAUGGAUGUUCGCUGUUGCUUCUGGCCUCUUUAUCUAUAUUGCACUGGUGGACAUGAUGCCUGAAUUGUCAUCAGCUCACAAGACACCGAAGCAAUUUGUGCUGCAAAUUUUCGGCAUGUGCACCGGUGUAUCCAUAAUGCUGCUAAUUGCAUUGUAUGAAGAAGAUCUGUUAAGCCUGUUUACUUCAUAGUCAACCACUUCUGCCCAACAUGAACAUUAAUAGUGUAUAAUAGAUGGCCGAAUGAUCUUAAAGCAGACAAAAACUCACAUGCCAUACACACACAAACGCACAUUGAAUGCGACAAGCUUACAACUUCCACCACUUACAUGUUUAAACUACUCGCAUGCAAAUACUGUAUGACAUAUUGAUGUUUACGUCUAAGUAUCUGGAAAGCUGUGGCAUACUCUAACUGUAAUUUCAUUGGAUUUGUAUUGGGAAUUUUCGGAAUUAUGCCGACAAGUUAGGAUUUAUUGGAAUGUUUUUCGUAAUAAGGUCGUAAUUUUUCGGCUUUGCAUCAAAAAGGAUGCCAUUUUUUAUGAAUAAUUUAUAGCGAUUAUGUCAUAAAAGCAAGUGAAUAACUUUAGUCUUAAGCGAAUGAGAAAGUAGUUGAUUGAAAUCAAUUAAAUUGUAAACUGCGGAAUUUAACAUUUUUCCGCGCUUUUGCUAGGGUACUGCAUUUUUUAUGCAAGAUUAUAUCAUUGUAUAUAUAUGUAUAAUUGUAGGUGCGCAACAAAACCAAAAAUGUAUUUUGGUUUAUAAGUGGAAGAAGAAUACAAUGCCUAUAAAAAAUGUAGUCAAGCAAUUGAAGCAAAGUUUUUUACUCUGUUAAGUUGCGGAAUAAAAUUCACUAGCAAUUAUAUUUUGUAUACUAUUUUAUACACCUACAAAACAAUAUACUAAACAAUGUAAAAAGGUCUUGCAGCCCUUGCAAAAUAUGUUAUUUCAAGCACGUAAUUAUAUCCAUAAACAUAAAUAGUAACUGAACAAAAACACUGUUAUAACACUCACGGUAUAUUAUGUAACACUCAAUUAUACGCACUGUGUCGUAGUUUAAUUCGAAGAGUAUUAAGAAUGUUUUUCAAAAACCUAUGAUUGAAAAUGCCCUUCUGGCGCGAUCCGGGAGCGUGUAGUGUCAAUUGCAUUUUUACAAAAAUUAAAUUCACCACCAUUUAGCAAAAAUGUUCACGAUUAUAAAUAUUUUUCAAUUUAGUUAUUUUUAUAACUUCAUGCACUUUUCACAUCUCACACCUCAUUAUUUACUGUAGGUAGUAUCGUAUUUUUUUAAAUUAAUUCUGUACUUAGCUUGGCUCUCAGUUCACUGCUGAUUAAGUAUUCGUAAUAGUUUUAGUUAAGUUCGAUUUGAAAUCAAUAGUUAAAACAUUGAUGUGUAUUUCAUAAUUUACAUGUAUUAUAUAUUGAAAGAACUUAAACGUAUGUAUUUGUAUACAAUCAAGCAAUUUGGCAGCUCACUUAAGCAUAAAAUAUGAAAUAAAAAAUAGUUAAGCUUUCCUAAUUUACCAA